AUGCCUACAUCGCCAGCUCCUCAUUUCGGAAAGAAAGGGGUGGCACUCUUUGCUCAGGGAUCAACUUCAACGAACAAGAACAACGAGAAGAAGCUCAAGGGUAGUCGCAUCGAUCAGCAACUUCAUGAACUUGAGCACGAUGACGGAAAUCGCCACUCGAAGGAGCUAACGUUAUGUCUGAAUAAAUACACCAAAACGAUCGAUGAUCUACACGAAAAAAAUCGCCGAUUGGAGCAGGAGCUAGCUUUUGAUGAUUACGCUGCACGUAACAAUCCACACUUUAAUGAGCAGGCAGCUGAGAAGCUGUCGAAUCUUUAUCGGCAGGGCAACAAUGUUUUGGCUCGCUUAGAGCUGGAACGCAAAGAAUUGGUACGUUUGAACGCAUUAAUCAAGUCGCAAGAGACGAUAGCAGCGCAGCAGAAAUCGAAGUUGCACGAGCUGGUUACGUUGGACCGCAACCAAGCCACUAUGCUUGGACGCAUCCGCAAGAUGGAGCACGAUAUUGAUCACCGAGUUGUUAAAUUAAAUGAAAAGCUUAAUCGCAAUCGACAAUUGCGCAAGAUCAUUGAUGAGCAUCGAGCUGAGCGUGCGCGCAUGGACGAAGUUUACACAAAGAUGUCGACUGAGAUGAUGACAAAGACGAACAAGAUUGCACGAGUGAGAGACGAAGUGGCUAAGCUUCGUCAGGAGAUUGAAGUCACUGAACAAGAAAUUGAAAGUGUUCGUCUCGAAGGAGAAGAAUGGGAAGCGAAAUGUGACAGGCGAGCAGCCAUUUUGAUUCAAGAGCUCAAAGGGGUUGUGCUUCGCAAAAAGGAUGCAAAGGAUCUUGGAAAUGGGAAAACUUUUGAACAAUUGGGCGAGAACGAACUUUUGAAACAUGUGUCGAAAGCAACACAAAGCGAGGACCAAUCUCCUGCAAGGCGCAACAAGUGGAAAAGUGGCCAGGCGAAAGUCACAAUGGACGCCAUGUUGGCAAAGCUAAACGAAAACCGCAUGUUUCUGGAAAAAAUGUACGAAGUUUCGGAAGCUGAACAAUUUGAGCGUGUUCAAUAUGUAAAUCAACUAGCUGAAGAAAUUGAAAAUCAUCGCCAAGAAAGUACCAAAAUGCGUGAGGAAAUUGGAAGGCUCAAGCAAUUAAAAGAUUCGGUUGACUUUGAGCAAAUGAAACGCAUUGAGGAGCUUCGCUCCAAGAUUCAGUACACGAACGAGCAGAAAAAGGUGAAAGACGACGCAAACCUCAGAAUGCAGACAUUUUUGGAUGUCCUCAAGCCAGCCUUAUUUCAAUUUCACAGUCGUAUUGAAUGUGCUAGCGCUCAUAAUGGAGACAUAACACAGGUGCUUAGUGACAUCGAAGAGCAACUUGUCAACGUUCUGCAAGCUUAUCAUGCAAAGGUCGAAAGCAGUAAAAAAGACGGUUUCUUACAACCCCCUGCCAGCACAUCGCCAGCUGUACGCAGAUUGUCCGUGGCCGUGGGCUCACGAACCCGCCGUAGAACGACGGUGUUAAAGCGAACGGCAGAGAAGUUAGGUGGGGGGCGUUUGAAAUCAGUUGCAAUGAUUUCGUACCCUGGCAGUGAAAGCGCAUCUAAAGCGAUUGGCUCAACAUCCUUGCAUGAAUUUGUCGAGACUGGCACAAAAGUAUCCACUACAGCGUCCGUAAACGCAAUGAUUUCGAAAGAACAGCCAUAUCGCUACGCUAAUCUGCGGCCACCUCAUCUGUCGGUUGAAGAAUUGCACAAAAAAGACGACGUGGAAGAGGACUACCCCCUUACAUACCGCGAGCUCAAGGCCAAGCUUGGACGCAUUCUCGCCGGAAGUGGUGUCACUGCCAGCAGACUUAUAACACUCUGCUAG